AUGGCGCCCAUGAUCGACCCUGCGCUCUUCGAGCAGCUCAAGUCUAAGAUUGAGGAGGACGCCAGUGUACGCAAGGAGCUGGACCAGAUCAUCGACGAGCUCAACCAGCACGUCUCUUUUACCCAGGGCAUCUUGUCGAGGGUGCACUCUACGCCACGCUCGAAGUAUGCCCCUUGGCUCGCACAGGUUGAGGACGGCAUCAAGAAGGAGGUCGAAACAGUCGGCAAGCUGGCGUCCUUUGCGUCACAGUAUCCUUACUACAAGUACAACCAUAAGUGGACUCGCACCCUCCAAGACGCUAUCUCAACUGCUCUCCUUUGUGCCUGGCUCGGUGGCCUUUCUGAAUCUACCAAACCCGGCGACGUCGGCCGUCUCCUAACCCUCGAAGACGUCGGCGCUAUCUUCUCGGUCCCUGUUAAUCUCAAGGACCGCGACGCCUUCCACAUCACCAUCGAGGAGUACCUCCUGGGGCUGAUCUCCGUGGUGGACGACCUAGCGCGGCUGGCGGUCAACUCGGUCACACUGGGGGACAAUGCGUUGGCCGUGCAAAUCAGCAGUUUUAUCAAGGACCUGCAUGCGGGAUUCCAGGUGCUGAAUCUGAAGAAUGAUAUCCUGAGGAAGAGGGUCGACUCGAUCAAGUAUGCAGUGAAGAAGGUCGAGGAUGUGGUGUAUGAUUUGUCGUUGCGGAAUUUGCUUCCGCAGGGGGAAGGGCAGUAG